UAAUUGAGACUGAAGAUGUCAUUUCACCUCUUUCUUCUAACUAGGACUUGCAUAUCUCGUGUUGUCCGCCAUUCUUUUUUCUCUUCUAAAAUAAAGAAAGCUUGUCAAUUGUCAUAUCUCAUAUCCCACCACACCAUAUAACUCACUCACUUCUCGAUUCGGCAUUUGCAAUGGCUUCGCCACUCCAGUACAAGUCCCCUACUCCUCUCUCAUUCUCCUCCACAAUCUCUUCCACAAUCUCUUCUCCUCGAAGCUUCUCAUGUUCCCCUCGCCGAUACAAACUUCCUUCUAUCCAAUCAAAGAUCCGUGAGAUCUUCAUGCCAGCACUCAGUUCUACAAUGACUGAAGGCAAAAUCGUCUCAUGGGUUAAAUCCGAAGGUGAUCUCCUCUCUAAAGGUGAACCUGUUGUCGUUGUCGAAUCUGAUAAAGCUGAUAUGGAUGUUGAGACAUUCUACGGUGGCAUUCUCGCUGCUAUCGUUGUUAAUGAAGGCGAGACUGCUCCUGUUGGCGCUCCUGUCGCCUUCUUGGCUGAAACUGAAGACGAAAUUGCUGAAGCUAAAGCUAAAGCCAAAGCCAAAGGCCAAUCCGUAGUUGCUACUUCAGAAGCAGCAUCUCCUCCCAAUGUUGCUGCUUCGCCUCCGCCAUCACCACCGCCUCCGGCAGCAGCGACUUCUGGUCCGAGAAAGAUAAUUGCGACUCCUUAUGCAAAGAAGUUGGCAAAGCAGCACAAAGUUGAUAUUAACAAAGUGAUUGGGACGGGUGCAUUUGGACGGAUUACUCCCGAGGAUGUCGAGAAAGCCGCAGGAAUUACACCUGCGCCAUCUAAGAGCAUCCCCGCAGCCAAUGUAGUAGCUGCUCCAACUCCGGUUGCCCCCCAAAAAGCUUCUCCAACUAGCUUUCCUGAGAUUCCAGGGUCGACUGUUGUUCCUUUCACAACAAUGCAAGCUGCAGUAUCAAAGAAUAUGAUGGAGAGUCUCUCUGUUCCCACUUUCCGUGUUGGAUAUCCAGUUAGUACAGCCGCACUUGAUGCUUUGUAUGACAAGGUUAAGCCCAAAGGUGUUACAAUGACUGCAUUGUUAGCUAAAGCUGCAGCGAUGGCCCUGGCUCAACAUCCAGUUGUAAAUUCGACUUGUAAAGACGGAAAGAGCUUUACUUAUAAUAGCAGUGUAAAUAUAGCUGUUGCUGUGGCAAUUAAUGGUGGAUUGAUCACUCCAGUGCUUCAGGAUGCUGACAAGUUGGAUCUUUAUCUCUUGUCUCAAAGGUGGAAAGAAUUGGUAGACAAGGCUAGGGCUAAGCAACUUCAGCCACACGAGUACAAUUCAGGGACUUUCACAUUAUCCAACUUGGGCAUGUUUGGUGUGGAUAGAUUUGAUGCUAUUCUUCCUCCAGGCCAGGGGGCUAUUAUGGCUGUUGGAGCGUCAAAACCUACUGUUGUCACUGAUGCCGAAGGCUUCUUCUCUGUCAAAAAUAAGAUGCUGGUGAAUGUCACGGCAGAUCACCGGAUUAUUUAUGGUGCUGACUUGGCCGCCUUCCUUCAAACGCUUUCAAAGAUUGUAGAGAAUCCAGAGAGCUUGACAAUGUAGAUGUAGCGUUUAGAAUGAUGGGAGAUGGCAAAUUGUUUUUGCAGCAAAGACAUGCCAGUGUGCUGUUGCAAUCAAUAGUUUCUGGCGGUGUCCUGCUAUGUUGUACUAAAGCUUUCCAGUUUUUUCAAAGUGAGACUAUAUUGCAUUCUUGGAAUUCUUGGAAUGAAACAACAAUAUUUUUUCCCU